UUGAUUAAUGUGACUAUAGGUAAACACACAAUUUGAUUAACAGAAUGAAAGUCCAAUAUCACAAUGAAAGGUAAACCUAAAGGUGAAACUCCAAAUGAAUUAUCUAUACACCAUUCAUUUGUAGGAUCCUGGUAAGGAAAAUUUUACAAAACACUGAUAAGAAAUUUGAAUGGAAGAAAGAAAAUUUGACUGCAGCGUAGCUGUGGACUCCAUAACACAUAGAACCAGUUGUUAUGCAUACGGUUGUGAUGACAAAACAUUGAGAACGACCAAACAUAGAGUCGGUAGCAUUUUUGUCCAUCAUGGGGAUCAAAGAAAGAUUGAUAGACACCCCACUGUUUUUGAAAAUAUCCUGUGUUCUAGUAAUUGCAGCAUUUGUUAUCAAUCUCAUCGCUUUCUCUGUACCAUAUUGGUUUGAACUGAAAAAGUAUCAUGAAGGCCUUUGGUCAAUUUGUAUAGGCUCAGAAUGCACGGACUACUCAUUAAAAAAUCUGACGAGUUGGUUUGAAGCCUCUCGAAUGUUUGCAGUCUUUGGAUUUAUAGGAUCCAUUGCUACAAUAGUCCUUCUGGUGUUGUACAUCUUUGUAGAGAAGCUUAGCAUAUAUAUCGUGUAUAUCGCUGCCGUAGUCACCUGUUUUGUUACAGGUGGCUUUAUCCUGCUCUUAGUGUUGAUCUAUGGGGCCUUCCUGAACAACCUCUCCUGGGGUUGGGCCUUCUGUGUGGUGGCGUUCUUACUAUACACAGUGGCCGGUGUCCUGCUUAUUGUGAAUUUUCUGAGAAAGGAUGGAAAAGUCGCCAGCAAAUAAAUUACGAACU